AUAAGAAAAGCACAAACACUGUGUUGUGUGUGUACAAAUAAUUCUCGGUGCCAUACAAACAAUCAUACAAUGUGUUGCGACAUUUAUUUGACGAUUUGUGUAUUGUACUUUAAUUAUUCUGAGUGAAGGAGAACAUUUAAUCACAUAUAUUUAAUCUGGAUCUAGAUUAGAUUCUACAUGCAAUCUAACAAUUAUUCGGUAGCCUUGAAUUCGGGAUCAACAAUGAGUACCAAUGGUUUUAGCACAGAAGAUGAAAGUCGAUCAAGUCAUGAUCAAGUCUGUUGUUUAAUUGAUAACAAUGAGAAGUGCACAAGGCAGGCUGGAAAUGCCAGUUACAGUAAACGUAUUCAAAAUCAGGCUAGGAAAUUGAAGCUUAUUCGAGAUGAAAUGAGUCCUCACAUCUACAUCUGCGACUACCACAAGACACAGAUACAGAACAUAAGAACUAAGAGGAAACGCAAAGACAGUGAAGACGAUCAGGGUUUUCAUGAUGGUGUGGAAGAAAUAGUUGAGAUUGACUUUUACCAAAUGCCCGUAAAUACCUUACGCAAGUAUAAGCGCCAUUACAAGCUUCCUACACGUCCAGGGCUAAGUAAAGCUCAGUUAGCAGAUGCAGUUGCAAGUCAUUUUAAAACCAUACCUGUGAUGGAGAAGGAAACAUUGCAAAUGUUUUUUUAUACUACCAAGACAAAAAGAUUUGAAAACAAAGAUUCCACAUAAUCUGUAGAGAUUAACACAGUUUCUUAUGAAUGACGAUUGCUAUGUACAUUUUUUGUCUGACAAUGUUGGCUAAUAUCUUAUUUUAUUCUCAGAAUUAUAAAUCUUUUAGUUGGCAAGUAAUUAAAAACACAUACUUAUCUCUAA